AUGUCCCCCCUCCCCCCUGAAAUCACAGUCAGCAUUAGCAACAGAGAAGUCGGCCCCACCUUCGCCACCAUAAUCACUGAUUCUGUUGUGUUGGCGUCAGUUCUUCUGCCGCGUCAGAGGAUGCUCCAACCAUUCCAUUCCGGUCGAGCACCUCAGCCCACUCAAGUUGUAUGGAUUGUCACACCAGGCCAAUCACACCACCCGUAUCGUAACCAGUCGUCUCUGGGCCGGCUAGACGAGCGGCAGAGGCUGGCAACCGGAUCAGCUGCCGACAGUCUGGACGAGCGUGUGUCUGGCUGCAUGACCUUCUCGGCAUCACCAUCAGACAGACCGGUCUUGACCACUGUUGCUGAUGUCAUCACGACAGGAACUAGAGUCGGGCCUGACGCAACAAAGCUGGUAGCAGUUGGGCGAGUGAGGGGGUAG